ACUACGCUGCCUCCUUUAUCACUGUGGCGGCAGUAACAAAUGAAGCGGGCUUUUAAGAUGCUUUGUGUGCGUGCAUGAGUCAUUUGGUGAAGAAUCAGCAUCCUCCGGGUGCAGCAGGAGCAGCCCUCCCCCUCCGCUGCCUCAGUAAGCCCCGACGUUCAAACGGAAGCAGGCGCUACCAUUUUGAAAUACAGCAACGCUUAGCGCCAUGGAUAAGAGCCACACAGUGAAGCUCUUCGUGGGCAACCUAGCGUUGGACACCACCCAGGAGGAGCUGUCAGCCAUCUUUGAACCUUACGGCCAAGUGGUCAGCUGCAGCGUGUUGCGGCAGUUUGCUUUUGUGCAUCUGCAGGGGGAAGGUGCUGCAGAGCGCGCCAUCCGGGAACUCAAUGGGCGAGAGUUUCGUGGCCGGAAUUUGGUGGUGGAGGAAUCGAGGGGGAGGCCCUUGCACUCCACAAAGGUGUUUGUGGGUAAUCUGAGUGGAAUGUGUACGACUGAAGACCUUCAGCAGCUGUUUCAGACGUUUGGAAAAGUUCUCGAAUGUGAUAAAGUCAAAGGCUACGCCUUUGUUCACAUGGAAAACAAGGAGGAUGCACUUCAAGCCAUUGAAGCCCUGCAUGGCACCUCCUUCAAGGGCCGCCCCCUGUCAGUGGAGCUGUCAAAAGUUCAACCCAGCAAGCAGACACCUACAGGGAAAAUCCCAUGUGUUAACUGUGGAAAGCAGGGCCACUAUGCUGGAGAGUGCCCUGUUGGGAAGCCUUCUCUGGAGCAGUACCAAAGUCAGGCAGCAGUCCUGGCUGCUGCUGCUGCUGCAGCUGCCGGCUUGCCUCUGCAGGUCCAACAAAGCGUGCACAAUUCUGUCUACAACACCUCUACUUUUGAUCCCACAUACGCAGCUCUUACAGGGAUUACCACUGGCUCACGCACUGAUGGGAACCCUGUCAAUCCAGCUGUUUAUGGUGCCCUAGCCAGCCAGGUGUAUGGUGCUAAUGUUGCCAAUCAACUUUAUGGAACAGUGGCCAGUCAGGCAGCUCUUACAUCAGGCGCCACACAGGUAUACAGCUCUAUGGCGCCUAAUAUCUACGGCCAGGUGGCUGCAUCUCCAGCGGCUGCUGCAGCUGCUGCUGCUGCUGCUGCUGCCUACACAACUCCAGUUUACACCCCAACUAUGGCCAACCCCCCUGUCUAUCUAGCCGCUGCUCCUGGAAUAGAGAUGCCAGCAGCAGCAGCUGCAGUAAAUCCUGCCUACACUGUAGCACCUGCAAUUUACGGCGCUGCCACCCCGGCCUACGCUCAUAUAAGCGCCUUGGGAGCAGCGGACCCAGCUACAGCCAUCUUUGAGGCUGCCAGGCAGGCACAUUACUUUGCCCAGAGCCACCAGGUUGUGGCUGAGCAACAGACAGUAGCUGCAGUAGCAGCAGCAGCUGUGGCCAAGUCUGGUGAGAGGGACCGUAGUCCCUUACGGAGGUCAGCACCUCUACUACCAGACCCUGUGAUGAAGCCAUUUAUCUACCAGAGGGCCAAACCACGCAGACCUUUGCUCCCAACACCAGCCGGUCGUGCAGCUGAAGAAGCAGUGGAGGCUGCAGAGGACCCCAUGGCCAGGUACUACGCGGAGUACUACCAGCAGCUCCAGCAGUAUCCCCAGUUCCAGUACGCCUACCCACAGAGCACAAUGACCAUCCCUGGCAUGCCAGGGGUGUCAGCAGUUUCCGCGAUGCCCGCCCAGCAGGUCGCCACGUUGGACGCCCUCAGGCCAGUGGUCCCCGCCGCUGCGGCUGUAGCAGCCGCCAUGGCUGCACCCAGGGUGUAUGAGCCGCCGUUGCCGCCGCCCACGCGCAAGGAGGCCAUCCUCCGCCGCCCCGAACUCUCCCUUCACACGCCUGAGCCCCCCUUCCGAUAGUCGCACUCAACUGUCUGCCCGCCCCCUCCCCUCUCCCUCUUUGCCCUGAACCCCAUCCCCCCACAUCUCCUCUUUCCACCCAAACUUGACCACCUUACAGCAGCUGUAUGUAUGUAUGUAUGUAUGUGUGCGUUUGAGUGUCUGGGCAUUCUCCAGUGUGUGGCUGGGGUCUGAAACUGGUUUAUUAACCUGCUUUACGAGGGACUUGAUCAGCUAACCUUGGUCUAGUUUGCAUAAACACAGUGCAGUCUGAAAGGGAGGCUCUCAUCUGUUGCUUGGGCAUUCUUUGUGCUUGUUAGUUUUUUUUUGUUUGUUUUUUUUUUUUUUUUUUUUUUUUUUUUAUUGUGCCAGUCUCACACUUGUGCCAGUAUUGGACUGACCCAGUCAGUCAUUGCAUAUGCCUUUUUUUCCUGCAACCCAGUUUGAUUUUCUAAGGCCAAAAUCUCCAAUAAAUUACAUCAGCCGUUCUCCUUAGGCCUAGAUGAUCAGUUAGGGCAGCUAAUUUUUAAAACCUUUUUUGCCUUAUGUUAAUGAGUUUGUAUUUGUAGUGUAAUCUGAUGGGGGAGAUAGAUUAACACAUAUUGUGUACUGGCUGCAUUGUGUUGUGCCCCAACAGAGCCAAAGUUGCUGUGACGUUUUGUUUUGGAUGUGAUGUGGAUGUAGUAUGUGUGAACGCGUGAGAUGUGCGGGCUCUUGACCUUGUGACGCACAAACGCAGCAACCAAGACUGUACCUUGCAGAAAAAAACCCUAAAGCACACAUAUACGUACUGUAAUGUAUGUUCAGAUCUAUCCCCAAUCCUUUUCUUUGAACCCCCCUCCCCCCCAACGUUACUCUUAACUACACGACUGAAAGACACUGCUUCACCUCUUUUUCUCUCUAACCUACAGCUGCCUACCUCUUACUGUAAAUUUCAGCGUAGAUUCUCUUGUGUUAUUUUUGUUCCGCACAUUUCACCCAGUCAGCAGGUCCUGCUCCUCGUAAAGGUACAGGGUCAGCAGUUUAGAGAGGGAGGAGCCGCAUUUCAAUGACUUUUGUAGAUAUUCUGUAUUAAGUCCUUCAUGUUCAGAGGCCUUUUUUAAAAAAUAGAAAUAGUGUUAAUGUUUGUUUUUGUGUAGUUUACAUGUGGUAUUACUCAGCCUGGAAUAUGAUGAAUUGUAAAUGAGGGGAAAAAACAUAGGUGACUACUGAAUGAGCCGUUUACAAAGGAUCUUUGAAUUAUAUCCUGUAAGAAGUCAUGAUUAUAUGUGCCUAUACGCCUUGAGUGAAGUGCAUUAUGUGGAGGAUUCUCCCAUUUUUUUAAGUGCAUUUGAUGUUAUUUUUUAACCAUUUUAAGUGGGAUGGAGCCU